UAGUACCCCAUUUUCCAAUUUGCUUAGCCUUACGGCGGGCCCAUGGUGGAAGGGAAUUUGGAAUUAAAGGGAAAAUAUAUCGCUAAAUCGACCAUUCGAUUUUAUCUUAUAAGUACAUACAGUACCUUAGCUUAUCAAUUAUUUAAGAAUGGAAAACGAAUGAUGAGACUGGACGUUAGCGAGUAAUAAACUCGGAAGCGGUGGGUGGUGUGCGCACCUCCGAAGUCUGACCUGAAGGCCGCUCCGUCUACCUCUUCUGCAGCGACCUUGUUUUGGGUCAUCCUCUGGAAUCAGUUCAGAUGCCCUGGGUGGUUCGGACAAAGGAUCCGCUUCGGGAAAGUUGUAUUCCUGGUCGUAGUGUUGGUGUUUGCAGCGAGGCUGCAGUUGACUGACCCACUGAACAAUGGCUCAGUUUCCCACGCCCUUCGGAGGAGGUCUGGACGCCUGGGUGAUCUCUUUGGACGAGCGAGCCAAACAUGACCAGCAGUUUGUCAGCCUGGCCCCCUCACCAGCUGGCUACAUCACAGGUGACCAGGCCAGGAAUUUCUUCCUGCAGUCAGGCCUGCCCCCUCCCAUCCUGGCACAGAUAUGGGCCCUGGCCGAUAUGAACAAUGAUGGGAAGAUGGACAUGCACGAGUUCUCCAUCGCCAUGAAGCUGAUCAAGCUCAAGCUGCAGGGUCACCCCCUGCCCCCCUCUCUGCCCCCCUCCAUGAAGCAGCCGCCCCUCACCCUGCCCCCGCCACCCACCGCACCCUUUGGAAUGCAUGGUUUAGGGGUAAUGCCAGGCCUCCCAGCAGUCCCUCCAUUACCCAUGCCCCCUAUGCCAGGGGUGGGUAUGUCCCCCCCUCUGGUGUCGUCGGUUCCCCCGUCUGUACCCCCCUUGGCCAACGGAGCGCCAAUGACAGGCUUCUCCCACCCAGCCACCACACUCAACAAAAGCUCUUCUUCCAACCGCUCCGGUGCCAAGAUGCAGGGCCAGUCUUUUGAGACUUCUAGCGCCCCUGUGCCCCCCCAGCCUCCCACUGACUGGGCUGUUCCCAGCUCGUCCCGGCUAAAGUACCGGCAGCUCUUCAACAGCCACGACAAGAUGAUGAGCGGCCACCUCACCGGACCCCAAGCAAGAACCAUCCUGAUGCAGUCCAGCUUGCCCCAGACCUCGCUGGCAUCUAUAUGGAACCUGUCGGACAUCGACCAGGACGGCAAGCUGACGGCCGAGGAGUUCAUCCUGGCCAUGCACCUGAUUGACAUGGCCAUGUCCGGCCUGCCCCUGCCCCCUAUCCUGCCCCCAGACUUCAUCCCCCCCACCUUUAGGAGGGUACGUAGUGGUAGCGGGGUGUCUGUCACCAGCCUGCACUCCACUGACCAGCGGGUCCAAGAGGAGGCCGAAGAGGAGCAGGAGAGCGAGAAACAGAAGCUGGAGAAACUGACUUUCGAGGACAGGAAGCGGGAGAACUUUGAGCGGGGCAACCUGGAGCUGGAGAAGCGUCGACAGGCCCUGCUUGAGCUGCAGCGCAAGGAGCAGGAGCGUCUGGCGGCGCUGGAGCGCGAGGAGCAGGAGAGGAAGGAGCGCGAGCGGCUCGAGCAGGAGCGGCGGCGGCAGCAGGAGCUGGAGAAGCAGCUGGAGAGGCAGAGGGAGAUGGAGAGGCAGCGGGAGGAGGAAAGACGCAAGGAGAUUGAGAGGAGAGAGGCGGCAAAGCGGGAGCUGGAGCGUCAGCGUCAGUUGGAGUGGGAGAGGAACCGCCGGCAGGAGCUGCUGACCCAGAGGAACCGAGAGCAGGAGAACAUUGUCCUGCUCAAAGCCCGCAAGAAGACCCUGGAGUUAGAGCUGGAGGCACUGAACGACAAGAAGAGCCAGCUGGAGGGCAAGCUGCAGGACAUCCGCUUCCGCCUGUCUGCCCAGCGGCAUGAGAUCGAGAGCACCAACAAGACCCGCGAGGUCCGCAUCGCUGAGAUCACCCACCUCCAACAGCAGCUGCAGGACUCUCAGCAGUGGCUCGGCAGGCUGAUCCCUGACAAACAGUGUCUAAACGAACAACUCAAACAGGUUCAACAGAACAGCCUGCACAGAGACUCCCUGUCGUCGCUGCAGAAGGCGUUGGAGGUCAAGGAGUCUAGUCGGCAGCAGCUGAGAGAACAGCUUGACACCGUGGAGAGAGAGACCCGCUCCAAGCUGCUGGAGAUAGAUGCCUUCAACACCCAGCUCAAGUCUCUGGCUGUGUUCUAUCAGGGCCACACUGCCCGGAUAGAGGGCCUCCGUCUGGAGCUGCUGCUGGAGGAGCAGAGGGGGCGACAGGAGCUCCGAGAGAUCCACAGCAAGCAGCAGAGGCAAAAGCAGAAGGAUCACCUGGAGGGAGAAAUCAACAUCCACGCCAUCGCCCAGGAGAGGGCCAAGUCCGCCGAGCUCACAGACGGAAGGUUGUCUGCCACUGACGAGGGCCUGGCGUGGCGAGAUGAGGGCACGGUGGAGGCCCCCACCCCACCCGCCCAGCCCUGGAUGAAGCGCGUGAGUGAGGAGGAGGGGCGCACUAAGAAGGACAUGCAGGACAAACUCAACCAGCUCUUCAUGCAGCAGCCUGAACCAGGGAAACUCGUGAACCAGAGCCCUUGGCCCACGGGCGACAAGAUCCCGGUGACUGGGUUCAACCAGGACAAGGUCAAGGUGGUCUUCUACCGGGCGCUGUACCCCUUUGAUGCCCGCAGUCACGAUGAGAUCACCAUCACCCCCGGAGACAUUGUCAUGGUGAAAGGGGAGUGGGUGGACGAGUCCCAGACAGGUGAGCCAGGCUGGCUGGGCGGCGAGCUGAAGGGGAAGACGGGCUGGUUCCCUGCCAACUACGCAGAGAAGAUCCCAGAAACCGAGGUUCCCAUGAGCCUGCGGGCCAGUGCUGCCACCACGGGCGCUGCGCCCAAACUGGCCUCACGGCUCACACCCACCGCCGUCUCCACCACACCCACGCCACCCAGCCAGCCAAUGGCAACCCCUCCCCCGGCAACAGCUCCCCCUGCCCCCGGGCCCUGCCCUGGUCCUGGUCCCGCCUCUUCCUCCUCCUCUGCAUCUAGUAACUGGGCAGAUUUCAGCACCACAUGGCCGUCCACCAGCUCUGUAGAGAAGACUGAGACUGGGGAGAGCUGGGACGCUUGGCCCACCCAGCCAUCUCUCUCUGUGCCCAGUGCCGGGCCCGGGGGCCAGCUGCGCCAGCGCUCUGCCUUCACACCCGCCACCCUCACUGGCUCCUCUCCGUCUCCCGUCCUGGGACAGGGGGAGAAGGUGGAGGGCUUGCAGGCCCAGGCGCUGUACCCGUGGCGGGCCAAGAAGGACAACCACCUCAACUUCAAUAAGAGCCACGUGAUCACAGUGCUGGAGCAGCAGGACAUGUGGUGGUUCGGCGAGGUGCAGGGCCAGCGGGGCUGGUUCCCCAAGUCCUACGUCAAGCUCAUCUCUGGCCCCGUACGCAAGUCCAUGAGCAUUGAGUCUGGCUCGUCCGACAGCCCCCCGAUCAUGAAGAGACCCACCCCGUCCCCUACCAAGUCCAUGGACCCAGGAGAAGAAUACAUAGCCAUGUACACCUACGAGAGCAAUGAGCAGGGCGACCUGACCUUCCAGCAGGGCGACGUCAUCGUGGUCACCAAGAAGGAGGGCGACUGGUGGACGGGCGUGGUCUCAGGCAAGACGGGGGUAUUCCCUUCCAACUACGUCAAACCCAAGGACUCUGAGGGACUGGGACCCGCAGGGAAGACUGGAAGCCUGGGGAAGAAGCCCGAGAUAGCCCAGGUCAUCGCCCCGUACACGGCAACGGGGGCCGAGCAGCUCACCCUGGCGCCCGGCCAGCUCAUCCUCAUCAGGAAGAAGAACCCGGGGGGCUGGUGGGAAGGGGAGCUGCAGGCCCGGGGAAAGAAGCGGCAGAUUGGCUGGUUCCCGGCCAACUACGUGAAGCUCCUGAGCCCCAGCACCAGUAAGACCACGCCCACAGAACCCACACCCCCCAAGCUGCCAAUGCCCAGUGCAGGUAGGGGCCAGGAGCAGGGAUCUGACGGGGGCCCGCCAGGGCCUUGGGGCCCCUCCUUGACUCAACAUAUGACGGCAGUGUGUCAGGUGAUUGGCAUGUACGACUACAUGGCGCAGAAUGAUGACGAGCUGCCCUUUGGGAAGGGCCAGAUCAUCAAUGUGCUGAGCAGGGAAGACCCUGAUUGGUGGAAAGGCGAGUUGAACGGUUCCGUGGGCCUCUUCCCCUCCAACUACGUCAAACUGACCACCGACACAGACCCCAGCCAACAAUGGUGCGCGGACCUGCACCUGCUGGACAUGCUGACCCCCGUUGAGAGAAAGAGACAGGGCUACACGCACGAGCUCAUCGUCACCGAGGAGAACUAUGUCAAUGACCUGCAGCUCGUCACUGAGGUCUUUCAGAAGCCUCUGCUGGAGUCGGAGCUGCUGACUGAGAAAGAGGUGGCCAUGAUCUUCGUCAACUGGAAGGAGCUCAUCAUGUGUAACAUCAAGCUGCUCAAGGCUCUGAGGGUUAGGAAGAAGAUGUCGGGCGAGCGGAUGCCGGUGAAGAUGAUUGGAGACAUCCUGACGGCCCAGCUGCCCCACAUGCAGCCCUACAUCCGCUUCUGCAGCUGCCAGCUCAACGGGGCCACGCUCAUCCAGCAGAAGACCGACGAGGUGCCCGAGUUCAAGGACUUUGUCAAGAGACUGGCCAUGGACCCAGGUUGUAAGGGAAUGCCCCUCUCCAGCUUCCUCCUCAAACCCAUGCAAAGGGUGACGCGCUACCCGCUCAUCAUCAAAAAUAUCCUAGAGAAUACUCCGGAGGCUCACCCGGACCAUAGCCAUCUGAAGCAGGCUCUGGAGAAGGCUGAGGAGCUGUGCUCCCAGGUCAACGAGGGUGUCAGGGAGAAGGAGAACUCUGACCGGCUGGAGUGGAUCCAGGCCCACGUCCAGUGUGAGGGGCUGUCUGAGCAACUCGUGUUCAACUCGGUGACCAACUGCCUGGGUCCGCGCAAGUUCCUGCACAGCGGCAAACUCUACAAGGCCAAGAGCAACAAGGAGCUGUACGGCUUCCUAUUCAACGACUUCCUCCUGCUUACUCAGAUCAUCAAGCCCCUGGGCUUCUCGGGCUGCGACAAGGUGUUCAGUGCCAAGUCCCACCUGCAGUACCGCAUGUACAAGACCCCCAUCUUCCUGAACGAGGUGUUGGUGAAGCUGCCAACAGAUCCCUCGGGAGAUGAGCCCAUCUUCCACAUCUCCCACAUCGACAGGGUCUACACCAUCCGGGCAGAGAGCAUCAACGAGAGGACUGCUUGGGUGCAGAAGAUCAAGGCAGCUUCGGAGCUCUUCAUCGAGACAGAGAAGAAGAAGAGGGAGAAGGCUUACCUGGUUCGCUCACAGAGGGCCACGGGCAUCGGCCGGCUGAUGGUAAACAUUGUGGAGGGCAUCGAGCUGAAGCCCUGCCGCUCCCACGGUAAGAGUAACCCAUACUGCGAGGUGACGAUGGGUUCCCAGUGCCACAUCACCAAGACCCUGCAGGACACGCUCAACCCCAAGUGGAACUCCAACUGUCAGUUCUUCAUCAAGGACCUGGAGCAGGACGUGCUGUGUGUCACCGUGUUUGAGAGAGAUCAAUUCUCUCCUGACGAUUUCCUAGGCAGGACAGAGAUCCGUCUGGCGGACAUUAAGAAGGACCAGGGCUCCAAAGGGCCCAUCACCAAGAGGCUGCUGCUCCACGAGGUGCCCACAGGAGAGAUUGUCGUACGACUGGACCUGCAGCUCUUCGAGGAGCCCUAGCCCAUCCCAGUUCAUCCCAGCCCUGCUCAGCUCAGCCUAACCCAGCCUAGCCUAACACCCAUAUACUGUACACCCCCCCCCAAACCCCGUUAUCCCUGCCCGAAGACUCACCAAGCUCUAGUGACAAUCCCCAACGGCCCAGCCCCACACUCCUGUGUGUGUGUGUGUGUGUGUGUGUGUGUGUGUGUGUGUGU